AUGUGGAAAUUAAGAACUGAUAUAGUUACUUAUAUACCAACUAUUGUGUCAAGGAGGAAAAUAGCUGCUUUUGACUUAGAUGACACCUUGAUAACCACCAAAUCAAAAGCAAAAUUUCCGAGAAACGAAAAAGACUGGAAAUUCAAGUACGAUGUGAUACCUGUUUUCGAAAAGCUCGUUAAAGAUGAAUAUUUGAUAGUGAUCUUUACCAAUCAGGGAGGUAUGACUGUGACUUCUAAAAGAUUCAAGAACCUUCAGACAAAAAUUAACGAUAUAAUUUCACGUGUAAAUGGUAAAUUGCCAGAGUUCGAUCCUUUCGUAUUGAUAGCUCCAAAGUGUGGUACAACUCAUAUGAGAAAACCACAGGUGGGCAUGUGGGACCACUUCAAGAAGGUUGUGGAAGAUGUUGAUAUGAAAGAGAGUUUCUUCGUCGGAGAUGCUGCUGGUAGAAAGGGGGAUUUUUCCAAUAGUGACUUGGUUUUUGCUGAUAAUAUCGGUUUAAAGUUUUAUACCCCAGAAGAAUAUUUCGAAGAAGCAGAAGAAUAA